UGUACAGAAGUAAAGCGUGGCUACAACGAGUAGUAAAACUUACUGAACGAUCGAUAACUCGUCACGAUUAGUUAUUAAUAUUUUUCAUAAACCGUUGAUCCAUUAUUGAAAAGAUUGACUGCAAUGAUAGAUUUAUAAUGGAUUUACAUAAAGUGUUAAUAAAAUAUCAAUAGACUAAAUGAUAGGUACAUAAUGUGUGCCAUUUGUUCAUUAACUAUAAUCAGUAAACUUCAAGUGUUUUAAUUGAUCACAAAUUGACUUUAAAAUGUAAAUUAGUGUUAUUCAAUAGACAAUAUAAUUUUAUUCUUGUCGCAGGACGACAAUUAUAAUAAUAUAUCAAUUUCAAAAUAACCGCGAUGUCGAGUGAUAAUGAAACCUAAAGGUGGACUGUUGGUUCAAAAAAAUCAGUUUAUAAAAUUUUAAAUAAUUUGUUGUUAAUGUUUAAAUUAACAAAUUAUCAUUAGAAUUAAUCAUUUAUAAAAAUUAUAGUAAUCAUAUAACUAAUACCGACACAGAAAAAAUCAUUAAAAAAUGAAGAGAAAAAUUAUAAUAAGAGAAUGAGAAGAAGGCAAUGAGCGCAGCAUAUACGGCGCUGUCAAUUUCAGUGAAAAUGGCCCCAGGGUCGGACAAUCGACAAGAGUCUGUUGCACCUGAUAAGAAUCAAAAAGAAACCAGUGUCUGUGAUAUUACAACGGACAUAAGUAAUAGUACAAGUGUAGUUGAUUCGAAAAAAGUUUCUAAUGUGACAAAUUCUGUUUCUCCAUUAACUACUCCAAGUGAUAAGCAGGAGGAACCGGCGAAACUUUCAACACUGAAUGACAAAGAGCUUGAAGCAUUGUUAAAUGAAGCUUUAACUUAUACUGGUUCAUCGAGAGACCGUGAAGGAAAAUCAAUCCUUUUCAAGAAACUUCUACAAGCAACUGAAGUUGAUGAAACAGAAGAAGGUCAUCGAGUUGUUAUAAAUUCUCGAUGUAUACCAAACACAAAUCGUCGCAAACACAAAAGAGACUCAAUUUCUGAUCGUUUAACUCAUGGUGGUUCUCUACAAAAUUUAGCUCAAUCACUCAGUUCUGAAUUUGAUAGCAACUUUUCUUACCUUCCAUCUGGCUCUAGUCAUACUUAUGGUGGAGGUAGAAGGAAAAAUAAGAAGCAUACCGGCCCCAGUGUUUCUGCUAGACAGCGGGAAGGGGGAUCUCUUCCGUCUAAUGUGAAUGCUUCACAUAAUUUAACUUCUUUCAUUAAUUUAGAUCUUAUAUUUGAUAAAAAGAGAGGAGGUUACGGUGAUAAUUCAGUAUGUGAUUGGAAAAAUGAAGAAAAAUCAAAAUCGUUAGACAAGUCAUUUAGUACUCCUAAAAAAGAAGAUGAAAAAAAUGAAUGCACAAGUGGUAAAAUAAACGAUGCAAACAAGAUCCAAAAAGUGAAUUUAACGACGAGUGAAAUGCUUGAUUCAGACAAUCAGAUUAUAUCAUCAGAUUAUAAAACUGAUUACAUGGUAAUUAAUAUCGAGGUAAACGGAGUAAAUGAAAGAAGUGGUAAUAGUUCAGUACAUUCUCAGCGGCCGCUAAUUAAUUCAUCCAUCGACCACGAGGAUGAUGAGGGUACUGAAAUGAAGAUAAUUGAGCCACGACGACCCAUGCAAUUAUUAUCCUGUACAACUUUGGAGACUGUCGAAACGCCUGUUGAUUCUACUAUUGAGUUUCCUUUACGUGAACAUACCAGUAAACAGGAAAAAGGCAAGAUUACUAUAAAUGGUACUCUCCAGCUAACAACUUAUAACAAUGCCAAGUGUAAUGUCAGUGGAGCCGUUUCCGGUAUGCAACAAAGCAAAGUUACUGGUUCUAGUUUACUUCCUAUAAUGCAUGUUUCCGGGACUCAGCCAAAUAUUGCUAUGGCAGCUGUUUCAAGGCUGACAGCACAAAAUACUACCACUAAAGACUUUUCCAUGUCGAUUGAUAAAAAAUCAUUAGACGAAAAUGGAAAUGCCGUUCAAAGUCACAACAGUGAGCGUAAAAAAACCCGAAGAAAACACACUCAAGAGCCAAAUGUAAUUGUUUAUAGUGCAGAAAAUGUAGAAGGACAUCGUAAUGAAGAUAUUGAUAGUUUGAUUAACUUUAUUGAGAGUAAAGAGUCUAAAGGUAAGAAAGGUAAAACCGGAAGUAACUCUGUCAAAGUCAAGUCUGCAACUGGGCCAAAAUCAAGAAGCAGAGAAAAAGAUUCAAAGAGAGAAUCACUAACAAGUAAAUUACAAAAAUCCAAUUCACUUGAAGAAAUAUCGAAGACCAAGUUAGAAGAUCUUACCGUUGAAAGAAGUACUAGCUCUAGUGGAGCUAGUAGUAUCUCUAGUCAGCAUGGAACAUUCAAUGGAGGGUCAUUAAGAAGGGCGAAACAACAUAGCGUUGGUGAUCCAGCAGUUGACUGCCGAGGUGACCGACGAUCUUGGGGUACUGAAGAAGGACAAUCUAUAUAUUGCAAUGAUAUUGGAGACGAUUAUAUUAACUAUACAACUUCCCAUACCAGUACUUUCACAUCAACUACUGUAAACACAAAUUCUUCUAGCACGCGACGAAAUUCUUACAAAAAGAUCAACCCUGAAAUAGACACAGAACCAGAAUUUUUAAUUGUCACAAAAAAGAAAAAAACUAAAAGGCAACGCAGAAGUUCAAGUGGUAGCCGAACACAAAAUUUGGCCAGUUCAGUUUCAUAUUUGCCACGAACUAGAGACUUUGCUCGUGAACACAGGACACAGCUUUCUCCAGAACUUAGACGAAAAUCAGCCAGUAGUAUGCCACCUAGUGAUAAAUCAGAUAGUAGUGAUUCAGAUUCGGUGCAUUCUCUUCCUGUUACAUCAAACACAAAACACAAUCUUAAUGACAAAAUAUCAUCAACUGUCAGUGUUUCUCAAGCAAGUUAUGCUGAUAUUACUCGUAUGGCGAAUAUAAACUUAUCUCCCAAUUCUGUUCUUAACAUUUCUUCCGUUAUGCCAAAUAUGAUGACAACAGUUUGUUGGCCUUCGGUAUCUGUUAAAUCACCAUCAGAACCUGAUAAAUUUCCACAAGAUUACUAUCCAAGUCUUGAUGAAUUACAACAAUCUGAUCGUAAACUCAGACAACACAAUUUAACUAAUUCAAAUCAAAUGCAAGAUUUGAAUUUAAGUUUUGACAAAUAUUCAUCAUCAACCAAUUCUAAAUUUAAGAAUUCGUUUGAUUCGAAAAAAGCUGAAGCACGAGAAGAAGCCAUUAAUAAAAAAAUACAAGUAAUCAAGUAUGUUGAAGAACAAAAAAAUCUUAAUGCCAAUUCAGAUUGUAAUUCUUCUAAUCAAAACGAACCAAAUCCACAAAUGAAUAUUAUAAUCCCAACGAAUAAUAAAAAUGUCGGAAAUGAAUCUAAUUCUGAUUCUUGUAUCAGAGAUAGUGCAAUUAAUACAAAAACAUUAACUAAUCAUCAACGAUUACCGCGCAAAAAUUUCCAACAAAUUCCACAACCCCCAACCAAUAUAAAUCAGGCAGAACAUCGUGAUGUAAAAAAACCAAACAUAACUGACGAAUUAAAAAAGCCAAGUUGUCAACAGUUUCCUGAGAAUAAUAAAAAAACUGUAACUGUAAAUGCUAAUUGUUUUUCGUUAGGGCAAGAGGAUUUUUCAGAAUCAAAAUCAGAAAUUAAUAAUCCUCCAAAACCUACAAAUCCAAAAAUUCAAGAUGAAUUAGAGAUGUCUAAAUCAGCUAAUGUUAAAAUAGAAAACUCAGUAAAGUCAACUUCAGUUUUCAGAGAACCUCUAUUGAACUCUGUUACAAAGCUGAAUAAUUUAAAAUUAGUUAAAAGUAAUCCAGUAACACAAUGUGGAAAGAGUGAAGAGGCAGAAACGAAGAAAUCAGUUCAACAAAAUAUCAAUAAAGAGAAAAGUGUAGUAAAAACUGUAAACCAGCAUUCAACUAAAAAGAAUCCUCGACCUGCAGUAGUUAUAUUGAUGGAUGAUACGCAAUCUAAUACCACCAAGAGUAUGGAUAAUUCAAGUGAACUCACAUUCGGUUUCGAAGUAAAUGUACAGCUACUCCAAUUAGAAGAUAGUAAAGUACAAGCUACAGAAGACAAAUCUAUUUCUGAAUCUGAACCACCAAAAGUUCACAACAAAUUACCUACUACUAACACUGAUAGGUCGUUGCCACCACCACUUUUUGAUAAACAUGUAAAAAAUAAUGAAAAAGUGUCAUCGAAUUUUCAUACACAAACACCUCUCACUUAUCAAUCACAACGUCAUCAAGUUCCCCAUGCUCCAAUGAUUAUUUCACCGAAUCCCUACUUAUAUGGAUACGUCCCGAGAUACCAAACACCGAUUACUUAUGGCUCACCUGUCGUCUCUCAACCUACUACGUCAAAUAUCGACAAAUAUCAUCCUAAGGAAGAUUUUUGUGCACGAUACAUUGCUCCUGAAGAAAAUAUUAAUAUAGAUUUCAAUCACGACAAGAUUGUAGCCUUUGUUGGACUAGCAUGGGAUGCGAUCAUGCGAGAAAUACCAGCGACUGAAACAAGUGGCCGAGUACAGUAUUAUAGCGGUCAGUGAAAAUUGAAUAAUGGUUUGAUAAUGAAUUUUAAAAACCAAACAAAGUUAUCUUAAAAACCAUUGCAUUAUAAUUUUCAUCAUAAAAAAAAAGGAUAUACUAGUGGUGUAUCAAACACAUAUAUAUAUCGUGAAGUGCAUGAAAGAUUUCAAAUAUAAAACAAAUGACGUGUGAUUUAAUUGAACCAAACUUUAGUGAAAAAACUAAUAAUAUGACUUUAAAGGAUUAAUGUGAAAUCGAAGAGAGUGAUAAGUUCUAAUAAUUAAUCAUAAUAAAUGCUUUUUUCAUUAUUGAAACACUUUGUGAAGAUAUAUUUAUGAAUGAAAAACCAUCGUUCGUAAAAACUGUAUAUAAGCGUAUAAUUAUUCUAUCGAUGGUUAUGUUUACUUAUAUUAGUAUAUAAUAUAAAUAUCAUCUAAAAAGCUAAACUUCGAUUGUUUAAGCAUUAAAAACUCUGCAGAGCCAGAACACUGCAAUUGGGCUUCAACAACGAACUUGAAUAAAUCCAAUUUCAAAUGUAAAUAUGUAAUUCAUAAUACUGAAUAUGAAGUUUAAAAUAACUGAAAAAAGUGAUUUUGUCAUGUAUAUGUAAUUCCAAUAAUCAUUUAUUGGUAUUACAGUGGACAAUGAUGUUUGAAAGAAAAAAAACUUUCAAUGGUGAACUCACCAGGAGGGAAUUAAUAGAGGGCAUAUAUUUCUUAUUAUAAAAUUAUAUUGACCGUAAUUUAUGAGUAUAAUUAACCGUAUGGUUAAUGCCGCUUUGAAAAUAAUAUUUGAAAAUCUUCAUUCCUUCGAAAGAAAGGCCAUAUAAUAAAUAUAUAUUUGUAUUUGUAUGUUUACUUUAGUUAUAAAUAUUUUUUAUAACAAUUUAAACAUACAAAAUCGGCAAAUGUUCUUACACAUGCUUAAGAACAAUAUUUAGUGUAAAAUAUGUUUCAUAUAUAAAUACCUAUUAUGUAAUUCAACAUAUAUUUUGAGAAAAACUUCUAUGGUAACAAUAAAUAUUCUGUUUUAAAGAUGAUGAGUAGCAUUUAUAAUACUUCGAAGGAAAAAAUUUUUUGAAAUCUAAAUUAAUUUUUAAUUGUAUAAUUAUUGGUGGUGAAAGUCUACAGAUAUAAAAACAAAAAUGUCAAAGUAGAUAUGAGCUCCCAAUUUUUAUUACAAAUUUGCCUACUCAAUGCAUAUUCAAUCAUAAUAUCGAUAAAAAAAUAGUUGUGCUGAACUAUAGAGAAUAAGUCUAGAAAAA